GGGGGGCGGGCCCGCGGCCGGGGGGGGCCGAGCCGCGCUGCGCGGAGCCGGGCGGAGCCCAGCGGAGCCCCCGGCCGCGUCCCGCCCCGCCGCCCCGUCGGGAGCCUCGGCGCGGAGCCGGCCGCCGCGGGCGUCCUCGUGCCAGGGCAGCGCUGGACGGGGCGAGGAGGCACCUGAGGAGCCGCUGGCCCGCGCAGGAGUUUCUCCCCGGCCGGGCGGACACGUGCGUGGGCAAGGCAGGACCGGCGCGGGCACUGGAGCCCGCGGGCAGGACGCACCAUGGAGCCCAGCCUGGAGGGUGCCUGAAGCCGCUGCAGGGACCAGGAUGGGCUUGGGGGACAUGGAGUCCCCCAACGGGAGCACGGCUGGCCGGCCGGACACCUGCUUCGGGGUGUUCAAUGCCAGCCUCAACGAGACGCAGAGGAAAGCCAUCGCCUCGCCGUGGUUCUCCACCGCCUUUGGUCUCAUUGGCCUCUGCUCCAACCUCUUCGCCCUCUGCGUCCUCCUCAGCUCCUCCCGCAAGCUGUCCAGCCGGGCCCGUUCCUCCUUCCUCGUCUUCCUCUGCGGGCUGGUGGUCACGGACUUCAUGGGGCUGCUGGUGACGGCCUCAGUCAUCAUCCCCUACCACUUCAUCAAGUUCGACUGGGCCGAGGUGGACCCCGGCUGCCACCUCUGCAACUUCCUUGGCUUCGCCAUGAUCUUCUUCGGGCAGUGCCCGCUGCUGCUGGGGGCCACCAUGGCCGGCGAGAGGUUCUUCGGCAUCAACCACCCCUUCUCCCGCUCCACCAGCAUCUCCAAGCGCCGCGCGUGGUCCAUCGUGGGGCUGGUGUGGGGUUUCUCCUGUGUCCUGGGGCUCCUGCCGGUGCUGGGGCUGGGGAGGUACACGCUGCAGUACCCCGGCUCCUGGUGCUUCCUCACCCUCCUGCCCGACACCGGCGACGUCAUCUUCUGCCUGCUCUUCGCCUUGCUGGGCAUCUUCUCCGUGCUGCUCUCCUUCAUCUUCAACACGGUCAGCGUGGUGACGCUGUGCCGCGUCUACCACGACCGGGAGUCGGUGCAGCGGCGCCGGGACAGCGAGGUGGAGAUGAUGGUGCAGCUCGUGGGCAUCAUGAUCAUCGCCACCAUCUGCUGGAUGCCCCUCCUGAUCUUCAUCAUCCAGACGGUCCUGCAGCAGCUGCCGGCCCCCGAGCGGGCCCAGACGCUGCCCAGGGAGACGCAGAAGAUGCUGCUCAUCUACAUCCGCAUGGUCACCUGGAACCAGAUCCUCGACCCCUGGGUCUACAUCCUCUUCCGGCGGGCCGUGCUGCAGCGCGUCUACCCCAGCCUCCGCGCCCGGCCCUCCAUCGUCUCCCUCUACCCCGUCCUCAACCCCUCGCUGCGCCGCAAGCUCACCCAGGAGUCGGUGCUGCAGUAGGGGGGGGACGCGAGCCCCCGCUGGGACCCCCCCGGGGCCAAGACAUGACCCCCUUCCCGGGCACAGCCUGUGACCCCCCACCCCCCAGGCUCUACCACAGGGCCGAGAGGUGGUUAGUUAAUUAAUUAAUGAAGUGUGCAUCCAAGGGCUCUGCCCUUUGCCCCCCCUGCCCCCCCCGGGGCCGGCGGGGAGCCGGGCGGCACGGCGGGACAGGGGACGCGGGGACCCCGCCAGCAGCGGUGGGGUUGGCGGGGGGCACUGGGCUGCUCCCCGCCGUGGUUUGGUGCCCCCCCCCCAAUAAAAUCCAGCUUGUGCUGCUGUCCGUG